CAUUCAGAGCAGGGAUGCCUAUCCGAUGGCUUUCAGAACAAAGGCUCCGACUCGCUCUGAGGAGGAAGAGCUUUUGCAUUGGCAAAGCCAGUGGACAGAUGAGCAGGUUCGACAGGAGCGGUGCCGGAGCUCCUUUGAGAAGGCCCUCGCGGAGGCCGAGGCCUCUUUGGUGCGGCGGCGUAGCGCCUUUGCGCUGCGCCACAAGGCCCUAGCGUCCGCCAAGGAUACCUGGCAGUCGUAUCGCUGCCUUGCAGCCUGGUGCUCCUGGCUGGCGGCCGAGAAGGCCGGGCAUCAGUUUGCUCAACUUCUCGAAGAGCUGCGCCUGGAGGAGGAUGCACACCAAAGUGAGCAACAAGCGGCGGCAGCCAAGCAAUCAGAGAUCUGCAGCUGGAUCUCUGAAGCACAUGAGAGGCGGCAGGAGCUCAGCCAGCAGCGCCGUGCUGUGGCUGCCCGCUGUGCAAGCUGGCAAUGCCGCCGGGAAGCUUCCUGGUGUCGGGCAGUGGUGUUUCGGAAGUGGUCCAGCUGGGCCCACCGCGCAGCCAAGAGCAGAGCCCAGUGCAGCGUCUCGUGGGACAUGGAGCGCCUGGCUAUGGCGCUGUGGGCAUGGCAUGCCUCGGUCGCCUGCAGCUUCUACACCCAAAAGAGGUCUGAGCUAGAAGCCAAAGAAGCAGGCCUCCAGCGGUGGCAAAGGCAAGAAGUGAAGGCCCGGCUCCUGACUUACAUCACCUGGCGGAUAUCGCGCGAUGUGAAGGAGGCGCACAGGCGCAUGGUGGUCGCCUGGCGCCUCUGCAUCGCUUCAUCUCGGCGGAUCGCUGCAGCGCCUGUCCGGGACACCACCCGGGCGCUUGCGGCACGGGCAUGGGCUGCCUGGCGCGAUGCCCACGUUCAGGCGGAAGUGGCCGCCACUUGCGCAGAAGAGCGCUCGCAAGCCGUGCUGGCCAGAGCCAGUCACUGCAAGCAAGCCGACGCCCUGGCAAGUCGAUGCUUGGCUUGGCGAUCCCAGUGGCUGGCAAUGUCAAUGCUUCACCGCUGGUGGUAUCUUGCUCAAGGGCGUGGCUUACAACGUGCUAGCGACCAGCUGGAGCAGGAGAGCCAAAGCUCAGCAGCUGCUGCCAGAGCAACUCAGGAGGACGUAGAUGAGCAAAGAGAUUCGCUGGCCACAGCCCGCCAAGCACGGACGCUCGAGCGUGCGCAGCUUGAGGGGGAGCUGGCAGAUGCCCAAGAGGAGCUGCUGAGACUGAACGCAGAGAUUGCGAAGGAGACUGAAGGAGCGGAAUUUUAAGAGACAACAUGGUCACCAGAAUAAACAAGUCUCAACUGCCUAGAAGCAGAUGUUCAGCAAAACGCAGCGCUGCUGGCAUUGCGAGGUGAAGACUUGUCAAGAGCCUUGAAGGCCGCAGCAGCCACCCGAUGAUGUGUGGC